AUGUACCUGUCCCCUUCUUUUGAUUUGUCCUUUCUCUCCCCAUUAUUCUGUCUUCCUGGAGAUUUCUCUCCCUUCUUCCAGUAUUUGCAGAAUCUGAAGCACUUGCCUGUCUUCCUGGCAUUGUCCAACAGUCCCCUUCUUCCCUGUCUUCCUGAAACCUGUUAUUCUGUUGUCCUUUCCUGGAGGAAUGUACUUCUCCCCUCCCUCCUGGAAAUACUUAGUGGCAUUAUCCCAUUAUUCUGUCUUCCUGGAACCUGUUCUUUUAUUGUCCCCUUCUCCCUCAUUUUUUGGAAUACUCUUCUCAUUAUUCUUUUCCUGGAGAAUCCAAAUACUGUGGCACUCUCCCCAUUAUUCUGUCUUCCUGGAGAAAUGUACCAACAGUCCCCCUUCAUUGUCCUGUUGAUUUGCAGAAUAAAGCACUCUUCCCAUUAUUCUGUCUUCCUGGAGGAAUGUACCAACAGUCCCCUUCGUAUCCCUGUUGAUUUUAGAAUGGCACUCUCCCCAUUAUUCUGUCUUCCUGGAGGGAAUGUUCUCCCCUUCGUAUCCCUGUUGAUUUGCAGAAUUGAAACUCUCCCAUUCUCUUUCCUGGAGGAAUGUACCAACAGUCCCCUUCAUCUUCCCUGUUGUCUUCCUAGUGGCAUUCUCGCCCAUUAUUCUUCUUCCCAUUCUCUUGACCCAUUAACUCUGUCUUCCUGGAGGAAUUAUACCAACAGUCCCUUCCCUUCAUCCCUGUUCUUUUUUUGUCAUUAUUCUCCUGGAGAAUGUACCAAAAUCCCCUUUAUUCUGUUUUCCAGAAUACACUCUCCCCAUUAUUCUGUUCCUGUAGUGGUCCAUCGUAUCCCUGUUGAUUUGCAGAAUACUGAAACCUCUCCCCAUUAUUCUGUCUUCCUGGAGGAAUGUACCAAAGUCCCCUUCAAUACUGAAGGCAUUAUCUCCCAUUAUUCUGUCUUCCUGGGAAACCUGUUCCCUUUAUUGUUGAUUUCUCCUCAGUCCCUUCGUUCUGUCUUUGAUUUGUCCCCUUCGUUGCCUGUUGAUUGGCAUUAUCCCCAUUAUUCUGUCUUCCUGGAGGAAUGUUCUCCCCUUCAUUGUCCCUUUGAUUUGCAGAAUACUAUCUCUCCCAUUAUUCUGUCUUCCUGGAGGAGAUUACCAGUAACCCCUUGCGUCCCUGUUGAUUUUGGCACUCUCCCCAUUAUUCUGUCUUCCUGGAGGUUCUUUACCAACAGUCCCCUUCGUAUCCCUGUUGAUUUGCAGAAUACUGAAGCACUCUCCCCAUUAUUCUGUCUUCCUGGAACCUGUACCAACAGUCCCCUUCGUAUCCCUGUUGAUUUGCAGAAUGUCUUGGCACUCUCCCAUUAUUCUGUCUUCCUGGAGGAAUGUACCAACAGUCCCCUUCUAAUUCUGAAACACUCUCCCCAUUAUUCUGUCUUCCUGGAGGAAUGUACCAACAGUCCCCUUCGUAUCCCUGUUGAUUUGCAGAAUACUGAAGCACUCUCCCCAUUAUUCUGUCUUCCUGGAGGAAUGUACCAACAGUCCCCUUCAAUACUGAAGCACUCUCCCCAUUAUUCUGUCUUCCUGGAGGAAUGUACCAACAACAGUCCCUUCAAAUCCCUGUUGAUUUGCAGAAUACUGAAGCACUCUCCCCAUUAUUCUGUCUUCCUGGAGGAAUGUACCAACAGUCCCCUCGUAUCCCUGUUGAUUUGCAGAAUACUGGCACUCUCCCCAUUAUUCUGUCUUCCUGGAGGAAUGUACCAACAGUCCCUUCAUAUCCCUGUUGAUUUGCAGAAUACUGAAGCACUCUCCCAUUAUUCUGUCUUCCUGGAGGAAUGUACCAACAGUCCCCUUCGUAUCCCUGUUGAUUUGCAGAAUGCUGAAAGCACUCUCCCCAUUAUUCUGUCUUCCUGGAGGAAUGUAAACAGUCCCUUCGUAUCAUUGCAGAAUCCCUCUCCCCAUUAUUCUGUCUUCCUGGAGGAAUGUAUCCCUUCAUCCCCUUGCACUUCCCAUUAUUCUGUCUUCCUGGAGGAAUGUACCAACAGUCCCCUUCGUAUCCCUUUGAUUUGCAGAAUACUCAAGCACUCUCCCCAUUAUUCUGUCUUCCUGGAGGAAUGUACCAACAGUCCCCUUCGUAUCCCUGUUGAUUUGCAGAAUCCACUCUCCCCACUUAUUCUGUCUUCCUGGAGGAAUCUUCUCCUUCUCCCUUUGAUUUCCAGAAUACUGACUCUCCUUAUUCUGUCUUCCUGGAGGAAUGUGGCAACAGUCCCCUUCCCUCCCUUUGCAGAAUACUUUCUCCCCAUUAUUCUGUCUUCCUGGAGGAAUUCCAACAGUCCCCUUCAUCCCUUUGAUUCUGAAUCUUCAUUCUCCCCCAUUAUUCUGUUUCCUGGAGUAUGUACCAACAGUCCCCUUCGUAUCCCUGUUGAUUUUCUGAAUCCCCAUUAUUCUGUCUUCUGA